CAGGGGCGGGCCCGGCCUCGCUCCCGGGAGGCCCGCGAGCCGGCGCGCCCAUGGCCGCCUCUCGCUUCCCCGGACGAUGGAGCGGCUGACCUUACCUUCCGGCGGCGCCGCGGCCGUGGACGACUACCUGGAGUACCGGAGAAUUGUUGGUGAUGACGAUGGAGGGAAACUUUUUACUCCUGAAGAAUAUGAAGAAUACAAAAAAAAAGUAUUACCGAUGCGCUUACAGAACAGGUUAUUUGUGAGCUGGCGAUCACCGACUGGAAUGGAUUGUAAGCUUGUGGGGCCAGAGACACUGUGUUUUUGUACACAUAGGUAUAAACAACAUAAAACUGACUUUGAAACGAUUCUGCAGCAGCGCCCCAUUAGUCUCCCUUGCCGAGUGACAGGCUGCCCAUGCAGGACUUACCUCUACGUCCCUCUGAAUGGCACGCAGCCCAUUCGCUGCAGGUGCAAGCACUUUGCGGAUCAGCACAGCCCUGCGGCUGGCUUUAUAUGCAGUGUCUGUUCCAAGUGUUCAGGAUUCCAUAGUUGCUUCACUUGUGCUUGUGGUCAGCCUGCAUAUGCUCAUGACACAGUAGUGGAAACUAAGCAAGAAAGACUGGCUCAGGGAAAACCAGUGGGACAGGAUGUUCCUUAUGCAGCGAUGGGAGGCUUAACUGGCUUCAGCUCACUGGCAGAAGGCUACAUGCGAUUAGAUGACAGUGGGACUGGUGCACCUUCAAUUGAAUUUUUAGACUCUCCAGUUACAACCAUGGACCACCCAUUUCUAAAAUCAUUUCAAGCAUCAUCUAGUUCUUCUCCAGAAACACUGAGAGAUGCAGGUACAAGUAGUCAAGUUUCUUCCAUAAAGAGACCUGAGGAGGAUGAUAUGGCUUUCUUUGAAAGACGAUACCAAGAAAGGAUAAAGAUGGAAAAGGUUGCUAAGCAGAAAGGAAAAGCACCAUUGCCAUCAAGUACAAAACCUUCAUGAAGACUAUUGGGAAAAUUAAAACCAUCAUCCAAAUA